AUGUUUGGUGGUCAAUCAUCUGGUUUUGGAGGGUUUGGAAGCUCUGCUAAUAACAAUACAACCUCACCUUUUGGUGCUUCCAACAACACCAAUACUGCAGGAGGUAUCUUUGGUGCAUCAAACAAUACUGCCAAUGCCAAUGCCAAUGCACCUGGUUUUGGAUCUACUGGUGCCUUUGGUGCUACGGCAAAUAACUCCACAUCUGCUUUCGGUGCAAAUAAUAAUGCAACUGGUGGUGGAUUGUUUGGAUCAACAAAUACAGCAGCAUCUCCUUUUGGUGCCUCUAAUAAUGCUGGAUCAUCAGCAUUUGGAAGUGGUCCUACUGCCAACACUGCUAAUGCAUUUGGAAGUACUAAUGCCACUGGAGGUGGAUUAUUUGGUUCUGCUAAUAAAACAGGAUUUGGAACUACUGGUGGUGGUUUUGGAUCAACUGCCAACACAAAUACUUCACCAUUUGGUGCAACAAACACUGGUUUCGGUGGUGGUGCAGGAAAUGUAGUUGCUGAUCCUAAUGUUAAUAAUGGUACUGCUGUUAAGCCAUUUACUCCAUUUAGUGAAAAAGAUAUUACAGGAACUUUGAAUGUGUUUGAAAAUAUUAGUUCUAUGCCAGAAUAUAAAAACUUUUCAUUUGAAGAAUUAAGAUUAAAGGAUUAUGAACAAAAUAGAAGAUUCGGUAAUUCGGCUGGUGCACCAGCAACAAGUUUUGGUGCUACUGGAGCAACUCCUGGAGCCGCUGGUUUUGGUUUUGGUGCUAACAACACAGCUUCCACUUUUGGUGCAGGAACUUCAACUUCUCCAUUUGGAGCUGCCAAUAACAAUACAACUGCAUUUGGCGCCACUAAUAAUGCCUUUGGUGCCCCAAACAAUGCCACCUCUCCAUUCGGUGCAAGUACUACUCAAGGAUUUGGAGCUCAACCUCAAGCCAAUACUUCACCAUUUGGUUCAAAUACCGCCAAUCAAACUGGUUUUGGUGCUGCAUCAGGUACUAACGCAUUUGGUGCUAAUAAGCCUGCUGGUUUUGGUGCUGCUGGUAACACAGCUUUUGGUUCUAGUACCGGUGCUGCUGGUGGUCUCUUUGGUUCUAACACAAAUACCUCACCAUUUGGUGCUAAUAACAAUACUAACGCUUUCGGAACUACCAAUACCAAUCAAUCUCCAUUUGGUGCUAAUAAUACCAAUGCUACAAAUGCAUUUGGUGGUGCUACUGCUAAUACUGGUGCUUCACCAUUUGGUCAAAAUAAUGCUAAUACUGGUGGUGGUUUAUUCGGAGCUAGCAAUACUACUGGUUUUGGUGCCAAUAAUAACAAUGCUAACCCAGGUUUUGGUGCUAGUGGUGGUUUAUUUGGUGGUGCUAAUAACAAUGCAGCUACUGGUUUUGGAGCUAAUAAACCUGCUACAGGUGGUUUGUUUGGACAAUCCAAUAAUACUGCAGGUGCUACAGGAGGUUUAUUCGGUCAACAACAACAACAACAACAACAGAAUAAUGCUGCUGGUGGUUUAUUUGGUCAACAACAACAAAAUAAUAAUGCUGCUGGGGGUGGUUUAUUCGGAAGUAAACCCGCUGCUCCAACUGGUGGAUUAUUUGGAGGAGCUCAAAAUAAUACGAAUACUGCUGGUGGUGGUCUCUUUGGUGGUGCUGGUAACAAUAAUACCAGUGGUGGUCUUUUCGGAGGUCCAAAACCAGCUGCUCCAGGUGGUGGAUUGUUUGGUGGUGCUCAAGGUACCACUAAUUCUGGAUUCGGUCAAACUGCCAAUAAUACUGCUCAAGCAGGUGGAUUAUUUGGUAAUAAGCCAGCAGGAACUACUGGUGGACUCUUUGGAGGAUCCAAUACAGGUACUCCUAGUAAUACUCUUGGAGGUGGUGGUUUAUUUGGAGGUAAUAAUAAUGCUGGUAAUACUGGUUUAGGUGGUACAACAGGAGGAGGAUUGUUUGGAAAUAAACCAGCUACUGGUACUACAGGUGGAUUAUUUGGAGGAUCUAAUACUUCAAGUAAUCUUGGAGGUGGAUUAUUUGGUGGAUCUAAUUUACAAAAUUCUCAACAACAACAGCAACAACAACAACAAAUUGGUCAACAACAAUUAGGACAACCACAACAAUUAUUAAAUAUCAAUAGUCAGAAUCCAUAUGGAAAUAAUCCAUUGUUCCAAAGUAUUACAGGUGGAAAUGAAAAAGCUCCAUCACAACCAUUAGCCAUUCCAGUUAAGGUUACUGCUAGUGUUAAGAAACCAGUUACUUUAGGAGGAUCAAAUAAAGUGGCACCAUUGUUUAGAGUUAGUGCUUUACCAAGUAAGAAACCUGAAUCAUUCCAAGUCAAACAAGUUGUGGUUAACAAAAGUGAUAGUGUAUUUAAUACAAAUACUGAUGCAGCUAUUAUUACGUCUGAUAUUUUUGCCCCUAAGGCUAGUUUCAAGAAAUUAGUGUUAGAAAAAUCGAAAGAUCCAAAGACAUCAUUAUUACCAGGUGAUCAAUUAGAAAAUGGAACUAUUCCAAAACAAGUUACAUUUGUUACCAAGCAUAAUAAAGAUAAAGCCAUUGAAUCAUCAUCUGAUUCAACUGUUGUUAAAGAAGAUUUCAAAAAAGUCACUCAAAGUGGAGAAGGACAUAUAAUAUCCGAACCAAGAAAACCUGUACAAGAAGUUGAAGAAGUGGAAGAAGUCGAUGAAGAUGGAUAUUGGACCUCACCAUCUAUUUCUCAAUUAAAGAGAAAAUCAUUAACUGAAUUAAGAUCAAUUAAGAAUUUCAAAAUUGGUCGUAAGCAUUAUGGUACGGUUGAAUUUUUAGAACCAGUUGAUUUAUCAAGUUUUGUUAAUAUUGAAGAUAUUCCAGGCAAUUUAAUUGUAUUUGGACCUAAAUGUUGUAUAGCUUAUCCUGAUGAUGAUAAACCAAAAGUUGGAGAAGGAUUAAACUUACCAGCUAAGAUCACGCUUGAAGGAUGUUUCCCUAUUAAUAAAGCGGAUAAAUUACCUAUAGUUGAUCCAAAGAGUGAAAUUGUUAAGGUUCACAUUGAAAAUUUAAAGAAAUUACCUGAUAUGGAUUUCAUUUCUUAUGAAGCUAAUAGUGGUAAUUGGACAUUUUCCGUAGCAUGCAUGGAUUAA